GUUGCCCCUAGCAACUGUUGUCUCCGGGAAGAAGCUUGGACCUGCGCAGCAUCACCGAUCAGCUGGUCCGCCUCACUUCGGAGCGUGGCCGUGACCAGUUCGUAAAAUGCCCGCCAGCUGCUAACGUCAGGCAAUUGCUUCGUUUUGCAAUCCUGCUUCCACUCCGCGAACUGUGGGGGAAUUAGGUCACCCCAUUCAACUGCGGCGACACUACAUACCGACCAUAUCAGGGUUUAUUAGCGUCCCUCACCACGAUUUACCAGACACCCCGUCGCAUAUCAGACGAAGCUUGGAUGGCUCCUUGUUUUCCAACUCCACAAUUGCUUCCCGAGCGAUUUUUAUUGAGCCUGGUGCCGUCAUAGGAACCUAGCCAGCUUUGUCUUGAUCCGACUGCGUGCGCCUCGUGAGUUUGCAUCGAAGCAAUCUGGAACCGAAACAAAGAGGAAGGGCGCGGAUUGGCAGAAACACAAACAAUGGUUCCGGCACCACCAGCGCUGCCAAAGCGCUUCCCGUGCUGGGUCCGAGCAGUAUACUCGUGGGGAGGCGAGUCUAAACGCGAUCUCGGGUUCAUCGAAGGUGAUCUCAUCGAGUGUCUUAACGCAGGCGACGGCUCGUGGUGGACCGGCAGACUGUUCCGUGACAGGAGAGCAGUUGGGUUAUUUCCCUCUAACUUCGUCGAGGUUUUGCCAGAGACCUUCCGUCCCACGACAAGAUCAGUCAGCCCCCUACCGAACAGCAACACACCCAGCCCCAAGGGCACUCCCCAGAAGUCCAGGACCUUCCGCAAGCCAUUCGAGGCCUACGCCAAAGCGCCGCACUACACGACAGCCAAGACACCGGAGACAUACAAGGAUGGAGCGGUGCGACCGCGCGAGACAGCCGAGGCAAAUCCAAGAAAGACUGCUCGGUCUCGCGAGGUUUCAGCCAAUUCCUUCGACGACGUGAACGUGAAUGCGGGUGCGAACGCCAGCGUUGGACGAGAUCCUUCCCCUUCCCCUUCCCCUUCCCCUUCCCGACCCCCGAGUUUCAUCGCACGAGAUCCUUCUCCUUCCCGAGCACAGAACUUCAUCAGCCAAGAGCACUCCCCUUCUCGAGAACCGAGUCUCCUGGGGCGAGAGCCAUCUCCUUCGGCGCGCAGCAAUAUCAGCCGGGACCCAUCCCCUUCGCGAGCUCCUAGUUUCGGCUCCAGGGGACCAUCGCCCGCGCCCUCAUACAUACCAUACCGGCCGCCGCAGUCUCGCCAACAUGCAUACCACCUGAGUUUAGACAACAGGCCAGAUCCCUACCGACCGCCAGCCUCACAAGGGGGUGAUUCCCCUCCUCCGCCGCCUCCUCCGCCCCAUCGCUCGAGGCUGUCCAGACAUGUGCCACAUGCGUCAUACGACGAGGGAUACUUUGGGGCCUUGUCGUCAUCGAGGGAGCCGUCGGCGUUGUCGAGAGAGCACUCCAAUGCAUCGUAUGGCUACGAGCCGCGGCAACACUUCAACGCAUCAUACGAGCCCGCUGCCUCAGGAUAUCAUACCCCCAGGGAGCCGUCGCCAUGCCCUCCCUCACCCGGCGGGUUGACCCCGUCUCCUCUGAGGGAGGCGAUGGAUGAUGUGAUGGAGCAGCUUGAUGCACUGGGCUCCGGCAGAGAGGUCGACAGAGAAGCCGAGUCUCCUGAGCGGGAGUUGGAUCCUUGGUCUCCGGAGUCGUUCGAUAUGGUGCACUACCGCUCAAAAAAGAAGGAAGAUCAGAAACUCAGACCCCAGACAUCUGCGGGUAUUCUGCACCAUCUAGAUGAAGGAUAUGAGACAUACAGCGGGAGUGCGGGAUCAUCACAGGAGCCCGCCCGCCACAACAGUUACACAGAGCAUCCACCCCCUAAACUUAGCAACUACGUCGAACGGAUGGAGUCGAGGCUAAGAAGCAUGCAGCAGCAAAGCUCAACUGUAGCCGACGUGGAUGACGAAGCUCCCCCUGUGCCUCCAAAGGGCAAACAUAUGUUCGACAGACCCAAGUCCUCAAUGGACAUGCAUGGAGAGCCGGACCAGACACUGCGCCACAAAAAGUCUGCAUACGAGAUCGGCCGUCAGGUUCUCAAUAGGACAUUCACUACCAAGACCAAUUCGACAAACAGCUCGUCAGCGACGCAGAGCACCGAUCGUAGCUUGAUGAGCGGUGUGUCAGCGGGAGGCAUCAGCGCCACGAGCGCCGGUAGCCUGGCAAGAAAGACGCGGAGUAGGGCUCAUAGCGCACUUGCCAUGCGGGAUCUCGAUUCGGAUCGUCCCGAAACACCAUUUACCGGCGUCACGUAUCACAGCAGCCACGCGUCCGAUGCGCCGCGAUCCAAGUCCCAGGUGGGCUUUCACGAGGACGCCAUGCCGCCAGUGGGAGGGCUCGUCCAACCGAAGCCGAAAAGGCAGAAUUUCAUCAAGCGCAUCCUCGAGUCAGCCAAGACUGGUGUCGCCAACACGAGGGGCAGUAUCGCCACCUCCAGCUCCAGCUCUGCUCAGCUGCCUGCUUCAGGUCGAUCGACGCCCGGUCUUCGUUCUCUAGCAAGCUCCCCAUUUAGCAGAUCCGGGCGGGAGCAUGGGAGGGACACGGGCCUUGGAGGCGGUGUGGACUGGGUCCAGGUCCGGCGGGAUGUUAAUCGGUCCAACUCGCUCAGCCAGAAUGAGCUCUUGGAGCGGAAGGAGAGGUGUCAGAUGCUGGAUUAUCCAGCAUUGGACCCCGUGGACGAGCUGUAUAACAGCAUUGAUGGGGACGAGGGCGCUGAUGGGAUGCCGGUGGCCGAGCCGAUAAACUACAACGCGAUCAACCUGAGUCAGGUAGACAAGAACUCGCGCUUCUUGACAAACCUUCCGCCGACCACCACGCCGAUCACGUUGGCAACCACGUAUGUCUGCCGGCCAUACCGCAGUGACGUCCAGCGCCUCCGGUCUAUUUUCACAUGGGUGUCUGAGAAGAUCUGCUGGGAGGAGGACUUUGACGGGCCGAUCGACACACGGCGGGUUAUCCAGACGAAGCGGGCAUGCGCCGAGGAAUACGCAACGCUGGUGCUGGAGAUGUGCGCUGCAGUUGGGCUGGCCUGCGAGAUCGUCCGUGGCUAUCUCAAAUCGCCGGGCGAGAUCCCGGACGUCAACAUGAUGCCCCGAUCGAACCACUGGUGGAAUGCCGUGCUGGUUGAUGACGAGUGGCGGAUGAUGGACUGCUGCCUCGCCAGCCCGUCGAACCCACGGAGAGUCAUGUAUUCGAGCCACAACAGCUCGUCCGCCGAUCCGUGGUGGUUCCUGGCACGUCCCACCGAGAUUUGCUGGACGCAUAUUCCUGAGCACCACGAGCAGCAGCACAUCUGCCCGCCGGUGGCGCCUGAGAUCCUCCUAAACCUCCCUUGCGCCUGCCCGCCGUACUUCAAGAGCGGGUUGCAGAUGGUCGACUACAACACGUCGCUAACCCGGAUCGAGGACCUCGAGAUGGUGCACGUCAAGGUCAGUGUCCCCGCCGACGUCGAGGUGGCGGCCGAGGUCGAGGUCCGUAGCUAUGCGCGCGACGCGGAUGGUGACUUCUUCGAGUCGGGCGAGACGGUGAAGAAGCGUGCGCUUGCGCAGGCAGAGUGGUUCGGUGGCGUCAAGCGGUACACGGUCAAGGCGCUCCUCCCUGGCGACGAAGGCACCGGUGUACUGAAGGUCUACGCCGGCAAGCGGGGCCUGAUGCACAGCAUCAAGGACAUUCCACACCCACUUGCAUUCGCGCUGCCCAUCAUCCACACGGGCGAGAACCCUCCGUACGAAUUCGUCAUGCGCCACCCCACGCCGCACGCCCAGCGGCACGACAUCUACGUCGUCCAGCCGCAGUGCCAGCGCCUCGCGCUCAACAACACGUUUGUCUUCGCCAUCCGCCAGCAUCCCAGCUCUCUGGGCACCUCGGCCAUGACGCCGUCAACGAACCCGGGCAACGCCAGCCCGAUCCCCUUUGUCCGGCCCGGCAGUGCCUUGAGCAUGACCAGCUCCAGCGCGGCCGGGUCCAACCCGAGCACCGCGGCAUCGGCGGCGAGCGGCGGGAGCAACUCCAAGAAGCCGGCCAAGCUGGCGAUCCAGACCCCGGGUGGCAAGAUCCUACGGCUGAUGCGCAAGGAGGAGAGGCGCGGCUUCGGAGGCGUUCUGGGCGGCGGACGGGGUCCGCAAUCGCCGGCAGCUGGGCCGCUGUUCGGCGAGGAAGAGGCCGGCGAUGGCGGGGUGUGGGAAACUAUCAUCAAGUGCUCGGAGCGGGGCGUCUGGCGCGGGCUGGUGCUUGCCGACCGGACGGCGAGGUGGUGCGUUUUUGCGGAGUGGAUUUGCGAGGGUUGAGAUCCUUGGACUUGACUUGAUCUUUUGAUAAAAAAGAUCGGAAUCUGUGUUGGAUCAAUUACUUUCUGUGUGAUGGAUAUGGCCGGACCUUUCCCCUCAGUUGGUCAGAGAAGACUCCGGCGUCAUGUAUGGGGCAUC